AUGGGACAAGCUCUUGGUUGUGUUCAAGUGGACCAGUCUACUGUUGCUAUCAGAGAAACUUUUGGGAAGUUUGAUGAUGUGCUUGAACCUGGUUGUCACUGUUUGCCUUGGUGUUUGGGUAGCCAGAUAGCUGGUCAUCUCUCUUUACGUGUGCAGCAAUUGGAUGUUCGCUGUGAAACAAAGACAAAGGAUAACGUUUUUGUUACUGUGGUUGCAUCUAUUCAAUACCGAGCUUUAGCUGAGAAGGCUUCAGAUGCCUUUUACAAGCUCAGCAAUACCAGAGGGCAGAUCCAAUCUUAUGUCUUUGAUGUUAUCAGGGCAAGUGUUCCGAAGUUGGAUCUAGAUUCAACCUUUGAGCAGAAGAAUGACAUAGCCAAAGCUGUUGAAGAAGAACUUGAAAAGGCCAUGUCACAUUAUGGGUUUGAGAUAGUUCAAACACUAAUUGUGGAUAUCGAACCAGAUGAGCAUGUGAAGAGAGCAAUGAAUGAGAUAAAUGCAGCUGCAAGGAUGAGGUUGGCUGCAACUGAGAAAGCUGAAGCAGAGAAGAUAUUGCAGAUUAAGCGAGCUGAGGGAGAGGCAGAGUCCAAAUAUCUGUCAGGGCUUGGAAUAGCAAGGCAGCGCCAGGCCAUUGUGGACGGGCUGAGAGACAGUGUGCUGGCCUUCUCUGAGAAUGUGCCAGGGACAUCUUCAAAGGAUGUCAUGGACAUGGUUCUGGUGACCCAGUACUUUGACACAAUGAAGGAGAUCGGUGCAUCCUCAAAGUCCAAUUCGGUUUUCAUCCCACACGGCCCUGGUGCUGUGAGAGACAUUGCUUCACAGAUACGAGAUGGCCUCCUUCAAGCAAAUCCACCUCAGGUGUAA